UUAAAGGGAACUGGUGAAGCAGUGGAUAAAUUGCUGGGCCUGGAGUCAGGAAGACCUGAACUCAUAUCUGGUCGUCAGUCAGCCAGGCCAGUCAUCUGAUUAGGCAUCACCAGAAGGCUGUUCAGAGGGAAAGAUGUGGAAGACUUCCCUGCUGCCCGAGAUCCUGACUUUGGGUGUCUUUGGCAUUCUUAUUCAAGCCCCAGGGCAUCAAGCAGAUGACCUCAUCAGGACCACUGAGUCUGGACAGAUCCAAGGCACUCAAAUCAGUAUCAAGGGGAUAGACAAAAGUGUCAAUGCUUUCCUGGGAAUCCCCUUUGCCAAACCCCCUGUGGGGGCUCUGAGGUUUUCUCCACCACAACCACCAGAUUCCUGGAGCAAUGUGAGAGAUACAACUUCUCAGCCAUCUAUGUGUUUGCAGGAUGUCAGUUAUCUAGAAGAACUGGCAGUGAGCAUGAAAAUAAACCUCUCUAUUCCUGCCAAUUCUGAAGACUGUUUGUACCUCAAUAUCUAUGCUCCUGUCCAUGCAAAGGAGGGGGAUGAAUUGCCGGUGAUGGUGUGGAUCCAUGGUGGUGCUCUCCUUUCUGGUUCUGCUUCCCAAAGUGAUGGUUCCAUAUUGUCUGCCACCCAGAAUGUGGUAGUCGUUGCUAUCCAGUACAGGCUGGGCAUCCUUGGGUUCUUCAGCACUGGGGAUGAGCAUGCACCUGGCAACUGGGGUUACCUGGAUCAGGUGGCUGCCCUGAAAUGGGUCCAAAAGAACAUUGCCCACUUUGGAGGAGAUCCUGGCCUUGUGACCAUCUUUGGUGGGUCAGCUGGGAGCACAAGUGUUUCCUCACAGGUUCUGUCCCCCCUGUCCAAAGGCUUGUUCCAUAGAGCGAUCAUGCAGAGUGGUGUGGCCUUCGUCCCUACCUUGUUUUCUUGCAGCUCAGAAACGGUUACAAAUGCCAUUGCUAAUCUGUCUGCUUGCGACAGACAGAGUUCUGCCUCCAUGGUUCAGUGCCUUAGGAGCAAAUCUGAAGAAGAGAUCCUGGCCAUUGCCAAGCAUUUGGAUGUAAUCCCUAGUGUAGUUGAUGGACAAUUCUUCCCCAAACAUCCUGAAGAGAUGCUGGCUGCAGGAGAGUUCAACCACGUCCCUUCCAUUAUCGGUGUCAACAACCACGAAUAUGGCUGGUUGCUUCCACAGGAACAUGCCAUUCCUGGAUUUCAGGAAAACAUGGAUAAAGAAAGUGUCCACUUAGCAUUGCAAACUCCAGCUUUGUGUAUGCCUUCUGAACUUGUGCCAUUGGUGAUGGAAGAGUAUUUAGGAGACACCGAGGACCCGGGAGAAUGUCGAGCUCAAUUCCAGGAAAUAGUGGGAGAUUUCAUCUUCGUUAUUCCUUCUCUCAAACUGGCCAAAUAUCAAGACAGUCCCAGCUCUCCAGUCUACUCUUACGAAUUUCAGCACAGACCAAGUAGGGUUAACGGAGUCAAGCCGGAUUUUGUGAAAGCAGACCAUGGUGAUGAGGCCUCUUUUGUCUCUGGAGAGUCUUAUGUAGGUGACGCAACAGAAGAGGAAAAGCUCCUGAGCUACAGGAUAAUGAGCUACUGGGCAAACUUUGCCCGUCACGGGGAUCCAAAUGGUGCAGACCUUUUUCACUGGCCAGUCUAUGAUGAGAAGGAAGAGUACCUGGAGCUGAAUUUGCAGCUGUCUGUAGGAAAGAGCCUGAGGAAGGAUAAGUGGGAGUUCUGGACCAAGACUGUGCCUAUGAAGAUGAAAGAAUCACAGUCAGAAAAAGCCCAGAUGGCGCUGUGAUCUCUAAGCACAAUCAUUUUUACAACUGUUGAAGACCAAUUACACCCAAUCACUUCUUUUGAGCAGUUCCUUGGUAUCAUCUACACUAUACUGCAGUUUUGAAUGAAAUACUUUGACUCUCACUUGUUGUUGCUUUGGGAGAAGAAUUUUAAUGAUAUCCAGAAGGAAAAAAUUUUAAUGUAAUGAUUACUAUGUUCCAGCCAGUGUGCUAAGGAAAUAAUUUUACAAAUGCCAUCUCAUUUGAAAGGGACCUUCCAAUACUGAGACAAUGGGAAUCUGAUUAGAGCAGCUACUCCACCAUGUCUCUAGAGGAAAAAAUCCCUUGUUCAUUUCAUAGAAUUAUAGUGGAGGUAGUUUCAUUUUCUGUCAAUGUACUUUUAGGCCAUUUGGUAGAGAAAGAAUUAAUACGUGAAGAUUGAUUGAAUGAUUGAUUUAGAGCUGGAAGGGUUAUUAGAAAUCAUUGAACAAGAAUGAACACCAAGGCCAGAGAAGGGAAAGGGCUUGUCUGAGGUGAUGCGGACACUAAGUCAGGUCCUCUGACUCCAAAUCGAAGGCUUUUCUUAAUACACUGAGCUGCUUCCAGGGACUGGGGAAAAUAUUGGAUGUCUCUGUCCUGCUUCAUCAAUUAGCUAGCAUUUUCCAGAUAACACUUCUCUGGGGAGAUAAUGCAGUAAAUUGAGGGUCUUGUAAAGAAAACUUCAAGAUAAUCCUGCAAGUCAAGUGAUUCUUUACUGGCAAAGGAGCAGCACAGAGACAAUUAGUAUCUGUGAAGCCAAAUUCAAUGUAGUUGUUGUACAUGAUUACUUUCAUUCAAAAUAAAAUUGCAAAAUGAAUUGAAAUCUUUCUUCUGCUCUGAGUGGUUAUGCUAACAAGAUAUUUCACGACAACAAUAUCUUUUACUAACAGGAUACAGGCAUGGUCUGCUGGUCAAGAUUUAACAACCAGGUCUCUGAAAACCCCACAAGAUAUACUUUCAAGUUAUAUUAUUCACAGUAUCUCCAUUACUUUCUUAA